AUGAAGCCUGCAGCAGCUACAGAGAUUGGUGAGACCUCAAGUGCUAUAAAAGGAAAAUGGAGAAGAAGGGGUUUUGGCAUAUUGGAUUUUGUAUUGAGGAUACUCGCUUUUGCUGCCAUUUUAGCAGCCACAAUUGCAAUGGGAACCACAGAUGAGCAGCUUCCUCUGUUCACUCAGUUAUUCCAAUUCGAGGCUAAAUAUAGCGACAUGCCUGCUUUCACGUUUUUUGUGAUAGCAAAUGGAAUUGCUGGUAUAUAUCUGUUGCUGUCUCUUCCUGUGUCCAUCUUCAACAUUGUGAGAGGGCAUACCGCAAUCACCAAACUAGUACUUGUCAUACUUGAUACGAUAAUGGUGGGUGUUGUGACAUCAGCAGCCUCAGCAGCAGCAGCUAUAGUUUACCUGGCUAAUGAAGGCAACUCCCGUGCCAAUUGGUUUGCCAUAUGCCAACAGUUUGGCUCCUUUUGCCAACAGAGUAGUGGAGCUGUUGUUGUGUCCCUUAUAGGUGUACUUUUUCUUAUCCUCCUUGUCACACUCUCUGCCUUCACUCUUUACAGGGGUCAGAAGCGCCCAUAAAUUAAAAAUAUGAUUGAAAUUCACUGUAAUAAGAACUCCACUAGAAGUGGUGACGGUGUUGUUUAGGAGGCAGUAAUGUAUGUGUGUUAUAAUAAUCUGUGAAGUGUUUAGGUAUCUGUUUGAGAAUAGAGCUUGGGGACGAGGAGGGAGGAGGGGUUCCCAAAGGAUUUGGAAGA